UGUAUGUAUUGGACGCUUGAAUGGAGGUUUCACUCGACAGAUGUCAUCCUAAUUGACCACAGCAUUCAUGAAAAUAUGAGCUUGUAUUCUGUCAUUGAGAAACAUCUAGCACCUACUCCAUGGAACAAUCAGUUGAGGCCAUUUUGCAAUGUACGCUUGGAUGAUUUGAAGUUUUUCCUUCGGAAGAAUGCUAAGGGAGCCAUGUCACCAUUUCGUCAGUUGAACAUAAAGGAUCCAAUAGGUCUGCAAUUGAAGGAUUCUGUUAUUGUAGAGUAUCCUGUGAUAUAUGUUUUUCUUCCUUCACACUGCUAUAACUUUGAAAUUGAGAAGGACACAAGGUCAUUUUGUAAGAAUGAGGAACCUGUUGAUUCUCCCAGCAGCAACCAAAGCCCAAAGGGUACUUUUUUUAAAGAGGAGGAAAUAGAAGAAGGUGAGAUGCUUUCAGACACGAAGGUUGUGGAUCUUAUGGAUCACAAAAUUUUAGAGCCUUGUAAUAAUACUCAAAUUCCUAAGAAUGUGACCAUAUCUGAGAAAGGACUUAUUCGCCCCAGUAAGCGGAUGUCAGAUGCACCUGCUGAAUAUUUAAUACCUAUUUCUAGCAGUAAGUGUGGAGCAAAUGUGGAGGAAAGUGGUGGACAUUCCAGUAGUAGUGCAAAUCUAAAGAAUUUUCCUGAGGAGGAAAUAUUUGACUUUCAGCAGGAAGUGAAAGAUGCUUAUUCAGACUUUAUUGGGGAAAUUAAUCCUGAUGAUUUUCUGUGCUUGGACAGUGGGUGCAGUGAAGAAGAUGAAUCACAAGAAAGAAAGAAUCUCCUGGGUUUUGGUGGAGAACCAUAUAUGGAAGAGGCAUUAGAGGAAGGGGAGAUUCCAACUCCCAAUUAACUGAAGAUGCACAUCAUUAUAUUCUAGAGAAAGAAGUGACAUCAUAAUUCUGAACCGGCAUUUCUAUUGAAGCAGUUGUAUCAUUUGAAAUCAGCUCGUUUUGUGUUUGAACUUUCUUCUGCUAGCACUUAUUACUGCAACAGUGAGUUGUGGAUGCUGGAUAUGACUGCAGGUUCAUUUUAAGCAACAUAAAGUGAAUUAUCAUGGUUAUGAGUUAUGACAAAUAGAGAGCCCAUACUUGAUGCAGACCACAAUUUAGCACAUCAAUGUGUAUGUAAUCCAUAUUCACCAGCAGGAUAGUCACACUGAAUCAAAAUAGCAGUGGACAUUCGGCUGUAGCUUGCAUUUCGUUUAUGAUCUGGAACUUAUUGUGGGGGUGGUGGUUGGGGGGGGGUGGUGUCAGGGGUGUGUGUCUAUGGUUCAGUUGCUUCUUGUUUGACACUUCCAGCCUUAGCAUGACAACUCCGAUAUUGCUUUCCAGUCAGCAAUGUCACUGCUGUGUCACUUCUUGAGAGUUUUAGCUUCGGUGAGAACCAGCAGCUUACCUCACGGCAUAUUGUGGUGAAGUUUUUGAAGCAAUGUAUUUAUAUUAAUGUUGGUAUAGAUACAGCAUUGCUGUUGCAUUUUUUUUAAUCGUUUACUUUAGUUCUAUUAAUUUUUUCAAUACAAUUUCUAAGAUGGCUAUUUAUAGCUUCAUCACUGGGCCACACGAUAUAAUGCUCCAGUCCAUUUUGCUAUAGUUGUCGGGCAUCAGUUAAGCAAAUAAUAGACCACUUCCCCCUUUUAUUGUGGAGAAAAAGGCCCUAUUUCAUUUUGUAAACAGUUAUCAGAAACCAUUGAUAAUGAUUCGUAUAUUGAAACAGAAGAACUGAUAGUUUAUAUUUCCCAU